GCUGGAUGAGCCCAUUUCUGAAGUGCGGAGGGGCCGGGCUUCUUAGGCUGUGGGCGGAGCCUGGGCCUGGGAGAGGAACAGGGCCCUGGAGCACCUGGUUUCGGGGACAGUAGGGUUGGUGGGAUUUGCGAUGAUAUUGCCACCUACCUCUUACAUCUUUUAGUGCGUCUGUCUGCUAUCAGUUAUGCCGCUGCCCGUUGCGCUGCAGACCCGCUUGGCCAAGAGAGGCAUCCUCAAACAUCUGGAGCCUGAACCAGAGGAAGAGAUCAUUGCCGAGGACUAUGACGAUGAUCCUGUGGACUACGAGGCCACCAGGUUGGAGGGCCUACCACCAAGCUGGUACAAGGUGUUCGACCCUUCCUGCGGGCUCCCUUACUACUGGAAUGCAGACACAGAUCUUGUAUCCUGGCUCUCCCCACAUGACCCCAACUCCGUGGUUACCAAAUCGGCCAAGAAGCUCAGAAGCAGUAAUGCAGAUGCUGAAGAAAAGUUGGACCGGAGCCAUGACAAGUCGGACAGGGGCCAUGACAAGUCGGACCGCAGCCAUGAGAAACUAGACAGGGGCCACGACAAGUCAGACCGGGGCCACGACAAGUCUGACAGGGAUCGAGAGCGUGGCUAUGACAAGGUAGACAGAGAGAGAGAGCGAGACAGGGAACGGGAUCGGGACCGCGGGUAUGACAAGGCAGACCGGGAAGAGGGCAAAGAACGGCGCCACCAUCGCCGGGAGGAGCUGGCUCCCUACCCCAAGAGCAAGAAGGCAGUAAGCCGAAAGGAUGAAGAGUUAGACCCCAUGGACCCUAGCUCAUACUCAGACGCCCCCCGGGGCACGUGGUCAACAGGACUCCCCAAGCGGAAUGAGGCCAAGACUGGCGCUGACACCACAGCAGCUGGGCCUCUCUUCCAGCAGCGGCCGUAUCCAUCCCCAGGGGCUGUGCUUCGGGCCAAUGCAGAGGCCUCCCGAACCAAGCAGCAGGAUUGAAGCUUCGGCCUCCCUGGCCCUCGGUUAAAAUAAAAGCUUUCUGGUGAUCCUGCCCACCA